AUGGCGGAAGCCAAGAAGACAAGAGCAGAAGAGGUUCCGGCCCCGGAUGUUCAAGCUUCUCUGCCAACGGAAGAGCCGGAGACGGAGUUCGACACGGAAAUCUGCGUCACACCGUACAACCGGCCACCUGCACCAACUCCUUCGAAAGCGCUUCCGGAGUUGUCGCCGAUUAUACUGGCGACACCCGUUGAGGCGCAGGCCCGGAAGGUGGCCGUUGUCAAGAGGAAGGCGACCACUCCCCCGAGUGCCAUACCAGCCAAGCCGAGCCGCCCCUCUCAACCGCCGGAGACACACAAACAACCAGUGGAGCAGUGGUCACUGCAGGCCAGCCGUCUCCCCCAGCGUUACCAACAACUGGUUAAGAACAACAUCCGGGAUGAACGCCAACUCAUCAGCAGACCCAAGGCCCUAGCUUACAAUCCAUUGCCAGACAAUCCAGACGAAGGGGAGUUCGCUGUACAUCGACUCAAGAUGCGGGAGGGACACAACGCAGUUUGCGUCACCAUCUGCCGGAGCGGAAUAUUCAGCCAAGGACUGCUACUCUUGGAGAUGGACAACCCGACACUACAUCGCGUUCUGAAAACCGCCGCGGGGACUCACUACCGUACCAUCACCAAGGCGUUAGCAGACUCCGACUACCGGCAGUUCCUCCCGCAGCUUGAGAUCACCGGGUACAUCGGAUCUCCAUAGACGCCAACCUUUGCUAAGACAGGCUCGGAUCCGGGUUGGGAGCUGGAGUGGGGGCGUGGUCCUUUGGAAAACAUUAUGAGUCACAAGCUUUCUGUGACCCCUAAAUCUUUUUUUUAUUACAUUAGUCUAGGCUCACCAAGUUUAAAAGGCACUUAAAGGGACUGUCCUGAGUUUCCUGCAUUGUAAGAUAUUUCCGACUAAUAAAAUCUGUUCGAUUCCAUCCAGAACUUUUAUUGCAAU